AUGCCGCCGAAAGCGAAAGCAAAGGAUGCAGGACCCGUAGAGAGGCCUAUUCUCGGCCGUUUCUCUUCUCACCUCAAGAUCGGAAUUGUUGGGCUGCCAAACGUGGGGAAAUCUACUCUGUUCAACACACUUACAAAGCUAUCGAUUCCAGCUGAGAAUUUUCCAUUUUGUACCAUUGAGCCUAACGAGGCACGUGUGAAUAUCCCUGACGAGAGGUUCGAUUGGCUUUGCCAAUUGUACAAGCCGAAGAGUGAGAUUCCAGCUUUCUUGGAAAUACAUGACAUUGCGGGGCUUGUUAGAGGCGCUCAUGAAGGCCAGGGACUUGGAAACAACUUCUUGUCUCAUAUUCGUGCUGUUGAUGGAAUCUUCCAUGUCCUACGUGCGUUUGAAGAUCCAGAUAUUAUUCAUGUCGAUGAUAUUGUUGAUCCUGUUAGAGAUUUGGAGACCAUUACUGAAGAAUUGCGUCUAAAGGAUAUCGAAUUCAUUAAAAAGAAGAUUGAAGAUGUCGAGAAGAGCAUGAAGAGGAGCAAUGAUAAGGCUCUAAAAGUAGAACUUGAGCUUUUGCUAAAGGUAAAAGCGUGGCUGGAAGAAGGAAAGGAUGUCCGUUUUGGAGACUGGAAAGCAGCUGAUAUCGAGAUUCUCAACACUUUCCAGUUGCUUUCCGCUAAGCCCGUUGUUUACUUGAUUAACAUGAAUGAGAGAGACUACCAGAGGAAGAAAAACAAGUUCUUGCCGAAGAUUCAUGCCUGGGUUCAAGAACACGGUGGUGAUACUAUGAUUCCUUUCAGUGGUGUUUUUGAGAGGAGCCUCGCUGAUAUGCUCCCAGAUGAAGCAGCAAAGUAUUGUGAGGAGAACAAACUGCAAAGUGCUCUUCCGAGGAUCAUCAAAACUGGAUUUUCAGCUAUUAACCUUAUAUACUUCUUUACAGCAGGGCCUGAUGAGGUUAAGUGCUGGCAAAUAAGACGUCAGUCAAAGGCUCCUCAAGCUGCAGGAGCAAUUCAUACUGAUUUUGAGAGAGGGUUUAUUUGUGCUGAGGUCAUGAAAUUUGAGGAUCUCAAAGAACUUGGCAAUGAAACUGCAGUCAAGGGCGCAGGAAAAUACCGACAGGAGGGGAAAACAUAUGUUGUUCAGGAUGGAGAUAUCAUUUUCUUCAAGUUCAACGUUUCUGGUGGUGGGAAGAAAUGA